AUAAUCUUGCUUAAAGUUUACAUUGUUUACAAUGAAAGCCAAUUUAAAGUUUUCACUUUGUAGGAUUAUAUGGGCUAUGGCUGUCCCUAAAACUCAUCCCCUUUAUUACUUUUGACUUGAACUAAGAUUUAUUGGGGUGUAUUCAAGCAGAUCUUGGAGUCGGUUAAGGCAUCUUGCUUGGGAUUACUGAGUUUGUUUAAGACAAUGUACCCUGGAGGUUACACGGCUGAAAUUACGAGCUUAUCUCCAAAAGCUACCGAGAAGGAUCUCUGUGACUUUUUCGCAUACUGUGGUGCAAUUGAGCAUAUUGAAAUUAUCAGAUGUGGCGAAUAUGCAUGUACGGCUUAUGUGACAUUUAAAGAUGCCUAUUCACUCGAAACUGCUGUCUUACUCAGUGGAGCUACAAUUGGUGAUCAGUCCGUAUGCAUAUCAAAGUGGGGUUCGUAUGGUGAUGAUUCAUAUCCUUGGGAUAGUUCUACAUGGAAGACUGAAGAGGAUACUAGCUCAUCGGUUACUCAUAUGCACCCAUUUGUUUAUAGUCCUGGAGAAGCGGUGACUGUUGUCAAAACAAUGCUAGCCAAGGGAUAUGUUUUAGGCAAAGAUGCUCUUAUCAAGGCCAAAGACUUAGACGAGUCCUAUCGGGUCUCGGCUACUGCAGCAGCUAAAGUUGCUGAGCUUAGCAAUAGAAUCGGCCUUACUGAUAAGAUUAACACUAGCAUGGAAACUGUAAAAUCAGUGGACGAGAAGUAUCAUGUUUCGGAUAUCACCAAAUCAGUUGCAACAGUUACCGGGACUGCAGUGGUAACAGCUGCAAGUUUUACAGGGAGAACCGCUGUAGCAGCUACCAACGCCGUAGUCAAUAGCAGCUAUUUUGCCAAGGGAGCACUUUGGGUUUCGGGCAUGUUGAACCGUGCAGCUGAAGCGGCCGCUGAUCUGGGUAAACAUGGAAACAAACAAACACACACCUAGUUAAGUGCACAGAAAACCCUUUUUGCUGGUCUUUUCCCGUGCGUAGAAAUGAUAAAAUACUCGUAUUUGUUACAUACCGGUCUAGUAUACGCUGCCUUACAUUGACAAUAACUAGAAAGUUUAGUUAGAUGGGUGUAAAUGUGAGAUUUAUUGGUCACUUUUAUUGAUUGUUUGUUCAUUUAAUGAGAUGGGGUUUGCUGAAGAAA